UCUCUCAGUUUCGGUCUUUUAUUUUGCUCCCGGUCCUGUAUUUUUUCUCAUUGAAUGAACUUCUCGGUAGAUAUGGCCUCCCUCAAAACUGAUGCUCUUCAGACAGCCGAAUUUCAAGACUAGAUGUAGGUUGACUUCUACAAGCUGUCUCCUUCCUUCCUUCAGAAGACAGCAAAUAGUGUUGUUUUAGUGACGGGAACAUUUUAUGGAAGUAAUUCCUUUAGUUUCUAUCCCGAAUUUAUAAAGAUGAUUAAUUACCUGCACAUCCUUUCAGAGCUUUAUUUCCCCAGAAAAACUAAAUGUGUCGAAAAAUUGUUUAUUUAAAGAUUUCAUCUAAGGAAAAAGAUACCCCCACACAAAUGAAAUUAGCUUUAUUAUAAAUAACUUAGACCUAACUGCUGUGAGGGUUUUAAGAAGACGGGAGGAAACUUGAGUCAUAGCCUCCUGGGUCAGCCUCCCAGUGAAGUGCAAUCAGCUGAUUGAAGAAUUCCUAUAUAUCUGCCGUCAAGGAGCUCUGCUGAGUCUUCUGUAGAGGAGGGGUGACAGAGACUGAACCCCCAGAGGGGACUAUUCUACUCCAAGAAAACAGCCAUUGGGGAGCCCUAAAUGGCGAAUGGGAUGACAUCGCUAUGCUCUAUGUUUGGGUUGGGAACUAUGCCAGGUUUUAGAUACCGAACAAAGAUGUUGCUAUGUUUACAUUCGAUUGCUUGAACUACAGUUAAUAUAGACCAUCUUUCAUCUACAAAAACAAUGAGAAAGAAAAUGAGUUCUGUCGCUGUAAAGUCUGAAGGAGACAUAUGAUCACAUUUACAGACUUUACACGUUUUUCAUACUUCUGUGGUAAACUCUGCUGCGCUAUAUUCAUCUCUACAAGUACACAAGCAUGGAGAAUGCCAGCAAAUUCGAGAAUCCAACCAAUAUUUCGCUUGCUGGCAGUGACCUUGUACUAAGCCUCAUUGAAUACAAGACCAUUUCAGUAUUUCUUGUUCUGCUGAUUUGUGGCAUUGGCAUCAUUGGCAACAUAAUGGUGGUACUGGUAGUGUUCAAAACCAAGGAUAUGCGGACCCCAACAAACUGCUACCUGGUUAGCUUAGCUGUUGCAGAUCUUAUGGUUCUGGUGGCCGCUGGGCUGCCAAAUGUCUCAGAAAGUCUAACAGGAACAUGGAUCUAUGGACAUGCCGGAUGUCUUGGGAUUACCUAUUUCCAGUACUUGGGAAUCAAUGUAUCCUCUUGCUCCAUCACAGCCUUUACUGUUGAGAGGUACAUUGCUAUCUGCCACCCGAUGAGGGCCCAGACAGUCUGCACUGUAUCCCGAGCUAAGAGAAUCAUUACCAUUGUUUGGAUUGCAACGUCCAUCUAUUGCAUGCUUUGGUUCUUCCUGGUGGACAUCAAUGUUAGUGAGGACCAACAGGUCAUGUGUGGCUACAAGGUGUCCCGCAAUCUCUACCUUCCAAUUUACCUCCUGGAUUUUGCCAUCUUCUUUGUCACCCCUCUGUUUGUGGCUACAGUUCUAUAUGGACUGAUUGCCAGGGUUCUCUUCCUGGGACCCAUUCCCCAACGUGUUGAUACUGCAACUGAACGUUGGAGAGAAAAGAGUGUGAAGGAAAAAAACGGCACAGAUACAGAUGGUAAAACACCAAAUCGACCUCGAACCAAAGGAGCAAUUUCAUCUCGAAAGCAGGUCACCAAAAUGUUGGCAGUUGUUGUCAUACUAUUUGCUUUGCUCUGGAUGCCCUAUCGAACCCUUGUACUUGUGAACUCCUUCAUGGAUGUCCCGUACCAGAAUGCCUGGUUUAUUCUGUUCUGCAGACUGUGCAUCUAUACCAACAGUGCCAUUAACCCAAUCAUUUAUAAUCUCAUGUCACAGAAGUUCAGAUGUGCCUUCAAAAAGCUCUGCAAGUGUGGAGAGGUGGAGACUCCCCGACGCAGUUUGUACAUAGCCCAGACAAACUACAGCAUGGUGAAAGACAACGUCACUACCUGCCAGGAGACAAAAGCCACAAAGCCAGAGAAAACAGAAGAACAACCAAAAGACAUUACAGUUCAGAAACCAUCUAGCAAACCAGCCAGCAAAGAAGAAAUUUACUUUAGUGUAGUGUGACUUUAAUGGUCAUUGAUGGGAUGUGCAGAAAAAGGGGAAAUGACUACAUUCUGCUCUCAUAGUAUGACAAGGAGUCAUGGGUUUAUUAACUUGCAUCAUUUUAUUUUCAAUAUUUACACGACAUUAUUGUUGACUACUUUAUUGCUGCAAAGAUUUUACAGAAGGCCCUUCUGAUAUGUUCUAAAAUAAAAUACAUUACCACUACACAGCUUAACAAUCAGCUGCAGUUUCCAAUAUUUCUGUAAUAUCUGGUUUGCUGAUCCUUGUAUAUUUUUAAAUGAUGAGUGGUUACCUAGCUUAAACUGCAGACUAAAUCCUAUAUAUAGCACCACUCUGUAAAUAUUUAGAGACUCUUCAGUGUGUUUUAAUGGCAGGAAAAUAGAACUGGAAAGAGGGAUCUGCAGGUUUGAAUCCCAGUGCAGGCACUCCAACACCGAGUAAGUUGGAACAAAAUUGUCAAAGCCUUUUGCUGUAGAACAGAGGAUUAACUUCAACACAUGUAACAUGGGAACUGUAGAACUGUGAGAUAAUGCUGCUUUAAGAACCUUAAUCCAUGAAUCAGUGUGUUGUCAUAUGUUAACAAGAUUAAAUGAGGAAAAGAAAUGUUUGCUAGAGGUCUCUUAGCUCCCAGAAUCCAAGUAUGACUCUUUCCAUUUGUUAAUACUGUCAGGUGAUAAUUUGCAGCUCAGUGCAUUAUACAGAUGUAUCUCUUUUGCACAUGUAUCACUGUUAUUAAGUUUCUGUCAUGUAUGCAGUUACUGCAGUUGUCAUUCAUUCUGUCUGAGCACCAUUUGUCUUCCAUAUCUGUAUCAGCCAUUCUAGCUGUUUGACUAUUUAGCUUUUGCAUAUUCUUAAUACUGGUUUAUCUAUCUUGCUGUCACCACAGAAAGCAAAAAUAAAACUCAACAAGCAUUAUAUUACUGUUACAUGAAACAAUGCAAACAGGUUUAGAAACAAUUAAUAAAUACAGGUCUUUGUCUCUUACAAGUUGAGAUUAGCAUUUUGCUAUUUUAGCUCAUUACAACUCCAAAAUAUGAUAUUGACUGGAAGGGCAAGAAUUAAUAAUAAUAUGCAGAGGCAGGGAUUAUGAUGGACGUUUUCUCACAAAGUUAAGUUAAACAGAAUGCAAGGUACCAUGAGAAAUAUGAACAAACCACAUACAGCACUGGUUUCACAAUGAUUCACUGUGUUAAAUCCACAUGAAGCUACCCUAGGACAAACACUGCUGGCUGAAGCCUUGUCUAGAUGUAAAAUAUAUAAACAGCAUUUUUGAAGGGGGAGGCUAGACCUCAUGCACAGUGCUGUAUACUGGACUUAGUAUAUAUAAGUAAGGGGGUGUUGAAGAGAGGAGGCUAGACACCAUGCACUAUCCUAUAUACUGAGACUUAGUAUAUAUAAGUAAGGGGGUGUGGAGGACAAAGUCCACAGUAAAACAACUUCAAAAAACAUUGAAAAGCACAGAAACAUAUGAAUCAGUGAUGGUGCUAUGUCACAAAUAGUAUCAACAAUAGCUUCUAUGAAAAAAGUACAAAUGUAUAUGAAUGUACUAUAAUAGUAGAUAUCUUGAGCAAAUAACAGUGCAACAGGAAUUAUGCUGGGACUUGAUGUUGAUUUCCAGAGAGCACCUUUCUCAUGCUCUCUCUCUCUCCAUGCUGAGUGGAAGUCCACCUCUUGGGGAUAUAAAUACAUUCUCUAUAUAACUCUGGCACACACUCAUGCCAUUUUAGUGCUUUCUUUCCAAGGAGCCUUACAGCCUAUUCAGUCUACUUAGUCCUGGACUUGGUCAUAAGAAGCCUAACUAAGAAGGUAUAUCCAAUGAACAUGUCUGGACUAUGAAUUUAGAAAAAUAGGGUUCCUUACGACUAUACAGACUUGAUUAGGCCUGAGGCACUGAUAAGAGAAAGAGGGGAAGGGUUAGUUACAUAGAGUCCGAGUAUCCCAGACCCAGGAUUCCCAGGGAAGAGAUUCAGAGAUGAUGGGAGGAAAAACAACACUACAACAGUGAUAUACUUGAAAUUCUACUAUUAUGGUUCAUCCCUAUACGACUAUACUAGGGUCUUUGAAUAGAUCACUGUUGUAUUCAUAAUUACAAUGAUUCCUCGAGGUGAGAAACAGUAGAAAAAUGGAUGAACUGAUCUGGGUGAGUUGUAACAUUCCCUGAAAAAUGAGUGUAGCAAAUCCAGCCAUUGCGCUUGAAGCAAUAUCUAGCCUGUAGUCUUUAGAAAAGUAUCAACUGAAGAUCGGGUAGCAGCAUUUAGGGUGCACUGAGCAGUCAGACUGCCAAAAAGGUCUACAGCAAUUGCAAUGGCUCUAGUGCUGUGGGCCAUUACAGACCCUUUCAGUCUUUUCCUGUGAUGAAGAUAAACAGUAAUACAGCUGGCCAGCCGUUUUAAAUUGUUUGCUUGGAGACUGGAUUUCCUUCCUUCCUGGCUGCAAAGGACACAAACAGAUGAUCCAAAGUUCUGAUGUUUUUGGUCUUAGUUAGACAACACUUCAUUUGUGUGUGUCCAUCUAGUAAGUGUAUCAUCUGUUGCACAGCAAGCCCCAUUUCAGAGCAACAGCAAGAGCACCAUUCUAGUGAGUGCACAGCUGCAAUUAGGUGUGUGUGUGUGUGUGUGUGUGUGUGUGUGUGUGUGUGUGUGUGUGUGUGUG